CAGUCGCAUUGCUCGCGCCGACCGCGACACACGCUCCAAGUACCGCGCUCAUCCCGACCAUGCUUUUGCUGGUCUUUUACGCCGUCUUAGCCGCUGUUGUGGCGCAAAAUGACAAACCAACCACAAAAUCAGUUACCCCACACCGCGAACAAUUCAGAGUGAUUUAUGAAUGGCGCUCCGUUGACUUCGAAUGGGAAUCUCCUGAUGAUCGUGAAAGUUACCUCAACUCCUCUAACUAUAUUCCUAAAAAUGUUUUAAUAUCCGGAAUUAAUUUCUAUGGCGAUAACCUCUAUAUGACGUUGCCGCGAAUGUUGAACGGUGUCCCGGCUACUUUGGCGAUGAUACCGGCUUUUCAAAAUGAAACAACAGCGCCGAAACUGAAACCAUUUCCGAGCUGGUCACAAAACAAACUUGGAGACUGUGCCGCUUUACAAUUUGUGCAAAACAUUGAAAUCGAUCGUAACAGCAUAAUGUGGAUAUUAGAUAAUGGAAGAGUUGGAACACUUACCCAGAAACCGGACUCUAAAUGCCCGCCGUCCAUUGUACUGAUAGACUUGAAAACUGGAAAUAAUGAAAUGGAACGCAUCCCAUUACCAGGUGAUAUAGUGAACCCUAACACAACAUAUUUAAAUGACCUCGUAGUGGACAACCGCGACGGAGACUACGCCUAUAUUACAGACAACAGUGCAGUAGAUCCAGGAAUUAUAGUAUUCCGAAGAAGUGACAAGAAAAUAUGGAAGCUCCGCGACAAACGAUCAAUGUCGUCUGUUCCGGAAGCUACACUUUUCCGCAUUAACGGAACUACGGUAAACCUUCCAGUGAAUGUUGAUGGAAUUGCACUUGGACCGCAAUUUCGUACGGAAGAUCAAACCAUCGACCGCACUGUCUACUACUGUCCCCUAUCUAGUUACCAUAUGUACGCUAUCAAUGCAUCAAUUUUGCGAAAUGAGUCCUUAGGAGAGCAGGAAGAAGGAGCGCUUCAACCAUACGUCGUAGAUUUGGGAACUAAAACAUCGCAAACUGACGGGAUGAAGAUGGACUCGACUGGCAUUCUCUUUUAUGGUCUCAUUGGCAACUCGACCAUAGCAGAAUGGAAUACCACAACUGAUUUCCGCACCGGCCAACGCACGAUUGCCCGCGAUCCUAACUAUAUUCAAUGGGUGGACCGUUUCACUUUCGAUGACCGUGGUAACAUUUACGUUAUGGUCAAUAGAUUGUUCAACUUUGUAAAAAACCAAGUUUCUAUUGAAGAGGUGAAUUACAGAAUUUUAAGGUCUCACACUGGCUUGAAGAGUUACAUUUAUGGCGAGGACUUGUCACCACCGUCUGGCCCUGACCAUCAGCACGGCGGCGCCGAAGUUCCGACGAUCGCCGCUUCUAUAUUGUUGCUAUUAUUUUCCCAUAUCCUAGUUUAGUAUCAAAAUAUAGGGAAAAUACUGCGUCGAUUUAGACGUGUUUAUUUAUUGACGUUCGGACUAACGUGUGACAUUACCAAAAAUUAACAAGUUACCUUGACCUCGAGGUCGCAGUGAUACUGAUAAUACGCAAUGUAGAUAGCUUUGUAUAUUUUAUUUGUUUAUUUAGUGUAGGUGUGUAAUGAAUAUUCAGUGGCCUUUGCGCAUCGGGUCAUAGCUCAGAAACGUGUCGAAGACGAGUCGACUCACUUGUAGUAAAAGGUCGGGGACACAUUGCCAAAUGCCUCGAUUCGCUCAACGAUAAACAUUCCAACUAUUUGUGUAAUGCGACAUGUGCAUUGUGACAUCACGAAUUAAUGUAAGAAACAAGACCAAUGAUUUUAUUUAAGUUUAGAUACAUGUUAGUAAUUCAUUUAGUUACUGCAGCAAAUCAAUGUAUCAAAAUAUAUUUUAUAAUCAUACCACAAUAUUAAUACGAUAGUUGAAUAUGAAACCUAAGCAAAUAUAUAACUGCAUGUAUAAUUAUUAUGUGUCUGCUUGUGGACAAGCUGGAUGUUUGACGCAAAAUAAACGUGUUUAUCACAUUAUGGUA